UUAAAUGUGUGAAAAAUGUAAGGCAAUUCAUGCUUGGAUUAUAGUGGGUAUUGUGGGCGUAACUCUUCUUAUUGGACUCCUGCGACAUGUUUUUAGCCUCAGUACAAUUGACAUUAUUUUACUUUCCCCCGUCGUCAUGGUUAUUGGAUUUGCUUACACAAUAAAACUAAUGGCCGAUAUGGAAUUUAUACAUUUUGCGCUGUUAGCAAUAUUUGCUAUACCAAUUUGCUGUAUAUAUGCGUUUGUGGUGAGGAUAAGAAUUCUACUAGAGCUUUGGAGCUCUUAGAAAAUAUUUUGGAAAAUGGGUAACAUUUUUCUUCUGACGUUUCUAGCUGGUAAGUAA